CCGUCUCUGCGUCCGCCAUGCGUCCCGGGACGCCGGGGCCACUGUGGCCACUGCCCUGGGGGGCCCUGGCUUGGGCCGUGGGCUUCGUGGGCUCCGUGGGCUCGGGGGACCCCGCGCCCGGUGGCGUGUGCUGGCUGCAGCAGGGUCGAGAGGCCACGUGCAGCCUGGUGCUGAAGACCGACGUCAGCCAAGCGGAGUGCUGUGCCUCCAGCAGCAUUGACACUGCUUGGUCCAAUUUCACUCACCCGGGGAACAAGAUCAGCCUCCUGGGCUUCCUGGGCCUCGUCCACUGCCUCCCCUGCAAAGAUUCGUGCGAGGGCGUGGAGUGCGGCCCCGGCAAGGCAUGCCGCAUGCAGGGGGGCCGCCCUCGCUGCGAGUGCGCGCCCGACUGCGCGGGGCUCCCGGCGCGUCUGCAGGUCUGCGGCUCCGACGGCGCCACCUACCGCGACGAGUGCGAGCUGCGCGCCGCGCGCUGCCGCGGCCACCCGGACCUGCGCGUCAUGUACCCGGGACGCUGCCGCAAGUCGUGCGCGCACGUGCUGUGCCCGCGGCCGCAGUCGUGCGUGGUGGACCAGACGGGCAGUGCUCACUGCGUGGUGUGUCGCGCGGCGCCCUGCCCCGCGCCCUCCAGCCCCGGCCAGGAGCUUUGCGGCAACAACAACGUCACCUACAUGUCCUCGUGCCACCUCCGCCAGGCCACCUGCUUCCUGGGCCGCUCUAUCGGCGUGCGCCACCCGGGCAGCUGUGCAGGCGCCCCUGGGCCGUCAGACGCAGAGUCGGAGGAGGAGGAGGAGAACUUCGUGUGAGCCUGUGUGGCCGACUUGGGCCUGGUGUUCAAGGCCUCCCCGCUUUAUUUAUUGCCGCAGCCGAGUCUAAUUUAUGUUCCGUGGACGCUCCCCAAAGCCUGGACCGGGAGCCCCCUGACGAUACGUUGGAAGGAUUGGGGGAGGAGGCCUGGGACUGUGGCUCAGAGCUGCCCAGGAGGACUCCCGCUGCUUCUGCUCUAGGGGAUAACUUAAUUAUCGCUGCCACGGAGAGGGCUGGGGACUCACUCCUGCCGACAAUUAGAGAAGAAGCACCCCAGCCUUCUAGACUACAGACUGGGACUAAGGCCUGGGUAUGUAAGUGAGCCUCAGAACCUGCCCAGGCCUCAAGACAGGCGGAGGAAGCAGCCAUCGUCCCCAGCC